AUGUCAACUUCGAGGUCCUUCCGCGAUUUUAGAGAUAAGUCGGGAUUUGAAUAUUUGAGCGAUGACGGCGAAUCUGUUGGCUCACAUUCAUCUCAUCAUUCAGACGACGCUGCCAAGGCUAGCGAUGAUGAAGUCGUGGAAUGUUCGCCUCGUUCUAGCAAAGAAUCAGUUGCUGAGGGCAAUGAGUCAGACAUCGCCGGAAGUGACAUUUCGGAAGGGUUUGCGGUUCCCAACGUGAGGGAGCUUCCAUUUACCUCUACUCCACGUGCUGAAUCGGCUCCUAGGGCGCCGUCCUGGACCCAUGAAGCGUUGUCGCCUCUUAGGUAUACUUCGGGGAAAAAAUCGAAUCCGGAUCGUAGUCGUUCCUUUAUAGCUUCAGACGAUUCUCUAGCAGCAUUGUCGCCCUAUUCCUCCAAUCUUGCAGCCGAUCCAAAUCAACAGGGCAAAUUAAGGGAUCGUCUGUUGCGUAAAUCUGUGAGCAGAAAGCAUCAAACAGAGGUGUCAGAACGACCAAGACCUACUCGGAUUGAUGCAGGAGAUGGCCAAUUAGACCCCGUUUCCAUACCGACGAACUCGAAGGAUAUGACACCAUCGAUAAGCGAAGUUAUCGAAGAGAGUGUUGCAAACCUUGCCCUCUCGGAUCUCGACGACGACAUCAUUGUGUUGGAUAGCGAUACGGAAGACGUCCAUGUAUCACGAAAGGAAAAGGCUGCGGACAAAGAUUCACGAGAUGUCAGCGCCGGAAAUAUCAAACCAGUGAAUCCUCAGCUUGAGCCAGAACUCAUCACGAUAGAGUCGAGUAGUGAUGAAGAAAAACGUUCUGCUGACAAGGACGCACUGUCUCCCUCGCUGUCUCCUCAAGUGAUUCGACAGGUCACACCAUUAGAGAAGGGCACAUCAAAGUUCAAAGGAGAAUCCAUCUCAUCCUUGGAGAACAGGCUGAAGACUGCUCGUAAUCUGCUUUCAAGAGGUCUUUCUCUUCCGGAUGGUGGUCAGCUGCUGCGCAAACAGAUUGCGGAUAUUGAAAUAGAACUUGAAAGAAGGAAAAAUGCAUCCCCCGAAGACAGAGAUAUAAUCGUGGAUAAAGUCGUUGAUGCGGUUGACCAGUUCCUACACAUUAAUCCUGAACAAUUCAAUAAAAGGCCUCGAAAAGCUCAACGCCCCUUUGCUCGCGGAAUCCAAGAAAAAGCUUUGGAAGAGUUGCACAAAGCACUGUUAUCACAGCCUGACCAGAACCAAUUGGCAGAGUCGCCGGAAGGUCUCACAUGUCCGUUGAAAGAACAUCAGCAAUCGGGUUUAUCCUGGUUGCGUUGGAGAGAAUCUUUCGCCCCCGGUGGAGGGAUUUUGGCAGAUGAAAUGGGACUUGGAAAAACGCUAUGUAUGAUUUCUUUAAUUGUCGCUGCGAAAGCUGAACGAAAGUUGCGACGAAAAGAAGGACGAGAUGAAAAGGACAGGGAGAGGAAGCAAAAGAUCAAAGCUAGAGGACUUGUGCCGUCAAACGCAACUCUAAUCGUGGCACCUGCUGCUUUAAUAUAUCAUUGGGAAUCCGAAAUUAAACAACGAUGCGAAGAAGGGCUGCUCAGAACAUUGAUCUAUCACUCUAACAACAGGAAGAAAUUGUGUUCAAAUACCAUAGCUCGUGCUGACGUCGUUAUCACCACGUACACGCUACUAGCAAAUGAAGUAGAAAAGGGAUAUAAGAAGGAACGAGCUCGUCCACGAAGCCCUUCAGAGAAAUGCAGCCCUCUUGAAGAGGUGCACUGGGCCAGAAUUAUUCUAGAUGAAGCUCAUCAGAUAAAAAACAAAUCGACGAAGACUUCGAGGGCGGUAUGCAGACUUGAGGCAGACGCGCGAUGGUGUGUGACUGGUACACCUCUACACAAUAACUUGUGGGACCUAUAUUCGCUAAUGAGGUUCUUGAAAGUCGAAUAUUUUGGUGAAGAAAAGUACUGGAAAGAUUAUGUUGCAAAUUCUACAAAGAAGUCUGCAGAUCGUUUGAAUUUGUUAAUGAAAACGUAUGUGCUUCGUCGAGAGAAGAACUUCAUCUCGCAAUUAUCCGGCAAACCUCUGGUGGAGCUCCCUCCAAAACACUGCGAAGAUCAUAUGAUUGAAUUCGAAGAAGGCGAACGCAUAGCUUACGAUAUUAUGUUCCAAGCAUCCAGGCAGCGCGUUCAACAGAUGUUAACUGAGGAACAAGGAGAGGAAUUUCAGCGACGCAAACCACUAAAACCUAAAGUUGUCGAUGCGAGAAAUCCUUUCUUGGGGACAGGUUCUAAUAAUCCUGACACGAAUUUCCGGCGAAUGGGCUGCAUGUUAGUUAUGCUUUUGCGUUUACGUCAAGCCUGCAUACAUUUCCAUCUUACAAAAAAUGCCGUCGAUAUGGAAGCGUUUCAAUCCAUUGAUGUGGAAAAUCCAUUGACAGUACAGGAAGAGGCUGCACUGGCUAACAUGACGAUAGAUUCAGUUGUCGAAAAGGAAUCGUUGGAAGACGUCACAUUUAUAUUCAAACAGCGUUUUGUGAGUGCAAAGAUAAAAAUGGCGCUAGAAGUCCUAGAAUCCGUUUUAGAGGCGAAUGAGAAAUGUGUAAUCGUUUCGCAGUGGACGUCAUUCCUGACACUUCUUGAGAAACACAUUAGGAAAAGGUUCCCUGACGUGACGUGUUCCUCGAUAACCGGUGAUGUUGCCCCUGCAGAUCGUCAGAGUCGAGUUAACCUUUUCAAUUCGUCCCGAGGAGGCAUAGACGUAAUGUUAGUGUCGAUUACAGCAGGAGGUGUAGGAUUAAACCUCACUGGUGGAAAUCAUCUCAUUCUAAUGGAUUUGCACUGGAAUCCGGCAUUAGAGCUGCAAGCGAGUGAUAGGGUGCAUAGAAUGGGACAAACGAAGGAUGUUUUUAUUCAUAAGCUUAUUAUGAAAGACUCCAUAGAGGAACGUGUAUUAGCACUGCAGAAGAAGAAAAUGGAGUUGGCUGACAGCGUCCUGCGCGGAGCGGUGUCGAAGAAGGCUAUGAACUUAACCUUGGCAGAUUUGCGUUUCCUUUUCAAUUUGGACGGAUCUUCGGAGAGCAAAUGA